AUGCGCGUUUCAUCCAUGCGCGUCUCCCGCCACACCAUGCGCGUCCGCCUCACUCAUCCCCGCCUGCCCGCCUGCUAUCAUCGCCGCCUUCAGUCGCUCGCGUCCUGCCGUGCUCACUUUUUCCCACCUCGCCGCUUGCUACCCCUCCCGCCCUGCCCGCGCCACCGCAGGCACCCCUACGACGCGCCGCGCGCCAUGCCGCCGUUCGCCCCCGACGAUCCCUAUGCUCGCCUGCCCGGCCCUCCCGGGCCCCCGCCAGGUGCGGAUCGCUACAGGCGGCCGUCAGCCUAUGACAUGCUGCCAGGUGGCGGCGGCCCCCCGCCUCCCCCCAUGUACCCGCCGCACUACCCUCCCACCGACGGGCCUCCCCGCAGGCCACCGCCAGCUGACGGGCCGCUCACGUACAAGCAGUUCAUUGCUGACCUGGACGAUGACGUGUCACCUGCUGACGCCGAGAAGAGGUAUGUGGACUACAAGACCAAGUUCGUGGCGGCACAGAAGAAGGCCUUCUUCCACCACCACAGGAACGACGAGUGGCUGCGAGCCCUCUACGACCCGGCUCGCCUUGAGAGCCUUGUGGACAGGCGCAUUGAGUUCGCACAGCUGGAGAGCAAGCAGUUCCUUGAAAGCCUGCAGCGCGGCGAUGCCGACCUCGGCCCCUACGCGGAUCCACGAGAUCCCCUAGCAGCCACAGACGCCAGGCGGCGCAGCGCCUCCUUUCGCCCGUCGCUGGCGCAUGACGCCGCCACCGCCGCCGCCUCUGCGCCGCGCGUCCCCGCUGCUGCAGGGCAGGCGGCGCGCGUGGCGCACGACCUGGAGAGGGCGCGGGCGCUGGUGGGCAAGCUGGACGCGGAGAAGGGGCUGUGGGGCGCAGAGGGGGGCAACUUCCUGGUGGGGGAGAACCAGGCGGGCGCGGAGGACGAGGCGGUGAAGAUCCGCGUGCCCGCGGGGGAGGGCGGAGGGGAGGCGCGGUGGCUGGCGGGCGUGGCGCUGCUGGACGCCGUACUGACGUACCUGUGGCGCGUGCACGGCGCCGACUACUACGGUGGGACGGAGCUGCGCGGGCUGCCCAAGGGGCUGCGCCACGUGCGCGCGGAUGAGGGCGGGGAGGGCAAGGGGGAGGGCGCAGGGGGAGGGGAAGCUGGGGAGGGGUUCGAAGCUUGGGCGCGGCGGGUGGAUGAGAAGUGGAGGGUGCGCGUGGGGGCGGAGGGGGAGGACCCGGUGGUGGCGCUGGUAGGCAAGGCGCGCGUGGAGGCGCGCAUGGGGGGCGCGAUGGAGGGCAUGGUGCGCAAGAUCAAGGACGACAAGUACGGGUGGAAGUACGGCUGCUCCGCGCCCGGGUGCUCGAAGCUGUUCCACGGGCCUGAGUUCGUGAUCAAGCACCUCAAGCUCAAGCACCCCGAGCAGGUGGCGGAGCAGACCAACCGCGUCAAGGAGGAGGUGUAUGAGGAGAACUACAUGCGCCUGCUGCUGCCCAUUCCCCUCCACUUGGCCUCACAUCAUUCCCUCUCCUUCAUCCUGUCCGUCCUCCCCUCACUCCCACCAUGCAGCGACCCCAACGCCCCUGUUAGGGGAAGGGAGGACAGGGAGAGAGACAGAGAGAGGGAGAGGGAGCGGGAGAGGGGAGGGCACGGCCACUCGCCGGUGCCCAUGUCGGCCCGUCUGGGUGCGCGACUGCCCCCCCCGCCCGACCCCUUUGCCUUCCCCCCCGACCGCUUCGACCGCCCCCCGCCCUUUGACCACCCUGCUGGCGGCCCCCCUCCCCCCAUGGGCGCUCCCCCCCCCGACGCUGGGGAGCCCUUUCCAGGGGAGAGGGGGGGGCGGUACGAGGGGGAUGUGUUUGACCGUCGCGGGGGCAGGGGGCGGGGGGGCGAGGGGGAGAGGUACGAGAGGAGGGGGCGGGAGGAUGGGCCGGAGGGGAUGGAGAGGUUUGAUGGGGGCGGGGGAGGGGAGUUCAUGGGGCCGGGGGGAGGCGGGGGGAUGUUUGAGGAGAGGGGGCCGCCCAUGGACGGACCCCCCCCGCCCAUGCUCAUGGCCGGCCCGGGCGGGCCUCUGGACGGGCCGCCCGUGUUUGACGUCUUUGACGGCCCGCCGCCCCCGCUGCCGCCCUUUGGGCCGCCCAUGCCGCCGCACAUGGGACGAGGCCCGCCGAGCGGCCCAGGAGGGCCGUUUGGUGGGCCGCUGCCACCCGUGCUCAUCCCCGUGCCCGGUGCUGGCCCCCUAGGCCCGUUCCUGCCGGCCCCGCCAGACCUAGCGGCACGCAUACUGAGGGACCCCUCCUUCCGCCCACCGCCGUCACUCUUUGAUGGCUUCGACGGCCCACCGCCCCUGCCGCCCUUCGACGGGCCGCCCCUGGACCUGCCCCCUGAUGCGCCCCUCCCCCCCGCCUCUGCGCCCGGCCCUGCUCCUGGCGGCGAGGAGGGGCGCUCCCCACCUCCCUCGUCAGGGGGCGGGGGAGGGGCACGCGGGGAGGCAGCACGGGGGAGAGCAGGGGCAGGAGGGAGGGACGGGGGAGGGGGGAGGGCAAGAGGGGGACGGGAGGGCCCGUAUGGCAGUCCGGGGAGGUUUGGGGGGAUGGGCAUGGGGAUGCGAGGCAUGGGCAUGGGCAUGGGCGGGAUGGGGAUGGGCAUGGGCAUGGGGCCGAUGGGAAUGAUGCCCAUGAUGGGCGGGCCGCCUCAUGACCCCCGCGGCAUGCGCAGCUAUCGCGACUUGGAUGCACCGGAUGACGAGGUCACUGUCAUCGAUUACCGCAGCCUCUGA